AAAAAAAAUUCUGCCCGUGUUUUUGGACAUAAAGCUCAUCACUGAAUCCGUUUUGAAGUCACAGUAGUAGUGUUAGUAUUUCAGUUCUGCUGAAGAAAAAAACCACACGUUAAAAAAAAAUAGAAGAAAAACGUUUUACUUUCAUUUUCACUCUGACAGCGGACGCUCAUCUGCUGGACGUUUCCGCAGGUGGAGAAAUGACCUAAACACAGGAAGAUGAAGGAGCUUUACGGUUUAUUCUUCUUUUUACCUCUCCUCCAGCGGUCUAGUGCGGAUGUUCACUCCUUCAGUGCCUUUUUCAUCGGCUCUCAAGGCCUCGAUCUGCCCGAUUACAUGGAGAGAGUUACUGUGGACGAUGUGACCAUGUUUUAUUACGACAGCAGUAUGAAUGCAGAGGUGCCCUGUCCUGAAUGGCUCAACACUACAGAGGCUCAGGAACACUGGAAGGAUAUUAAUCUCAGAUCAUUUCACAACAGAUAUAGAAUGGCUUUAGCCCUCCAAUCAGCCAAACAGCAGUUCAACCUGACAGGCCCUUCUUUGGACGUUAACAUUUACCAGGCCUACAGUCGCUGUGACCUCUAUCCGGAUGGGACUCGCAAGGCAGUGCUAAUACACGCAUUCAAUGGGAAGGACUUUUUAAGUUAUGACAUUGACAGAAAGACGGUCAUAGCUUCUGUUCCUCAAGCGGUCAUUUACAAAAGGCAGAGGGAGGAAGAUCCAGUCUUGACUGAAAUUGUGGCAUCGUUCUACAAGAAGACCUGUUUUGAGAGACUGGAUAUGUUCCUACAGCACGCUCCCGGAGUCAGAGUGAAGCAAGUUCCAGAAGUCCGUCUUUUCGAGAAGACCAGGGCUGGCUCUACUGUCCUCACGUGUCAUGUGACUGGGUUCUACCCCAGAGACGUGCAGGUUGAGUGGGUCGGAGCAGGUCUACAGUCUGUGGAUGAAGAGAUGGUUGAUGUGCUUCCUAAUGGAGAUGGUACUUAUCAGACCAGAAGGAGUGUGAUUAGACCUGAGGAGAACCCAGAGGAACACAAAUACAGCUGCGUAGUGCAUCACAGCAGUGUAGCAGGAGACAUCACCAAAACCUGGGAUACAGAGGAACACUCUAGACUGGCGGUUUGGAUUUCUCUCAUCAUUUUCUUCGUCAUCAUUGGAGCUGGGCUCGUACUCAAAAGGCUCUGUAAAACUGAAGAUGCUGGGAUUUGAGAUUUCAGCACAUCUGAAGAUAAAGCUGAAGGUCACCACUUCUCCUUUCUAUCAGUCCUGUCUUCAGCUGUGGCCGUCUGUUUUUACUGGACAUUUGCAAAUGUCUCCUGCUUGUUUAUACUUUAAAUAAGCUAAAUAAGCGACAAGUUUCCUGCUCUUAAAUGAUUCUUGGCUUAGAUCAGGGGUGUCAAAAAUACGCCCAAUGAAUUUGAAUCUGGGUCCUAAAUUAAGAUCAUCUUGUGUUCCAUAAUUGAAAUGAAAGAUGCUGCAUUACAAAAGGGAAGAAUGCUAGCGUCUAUUGUUCCACUAUGGUGCAAAAUAAAGGUGUAAACCUAGGGCCAGAUUACAGACUGCUGACAAAAUGUCCUAAUGAUGUGAAGAUCUUCAUUAGCAAGCUAAGAAUUUGAUGCUGCAACCAUAUCUCCUUCCAAAAGAAGAAGAGUGGACACAGAGUGUGAGUUUUCUAAGGAUAAUAGAGCUCUUCCUUUUUUUAUAUAGUGCUUCCUACUGUCAGACUGCAAACCCUGGAGUGCAGUGACUUUGAAAUCAUGUGGGCAAGGAUUUGAACUCAUUAUCUCCUGAUAAUCUGACAGUCGCACCACUCAAUGUUUUUGUUCAAUAAUUUAUGACUGAAAAGAAAAUUCAACUUUGAACACUUUGCUGUAAUAAAUUGAUUGGAGCACAGGUAACUGCUCCUUAUCUAAGACCAGACAGUUCUCUCUGUCUGAGCAUGAAGCACUGUAUGAUCACUACUUGAGAAAUUUACCUUUUCAUUCUUUUGGAGCAAUGAAAUUCAUACACUUUCAUGGCUAGAAUUGUGCAACUGCCUUAACUGACCAGUCAUCCUCAGGUGGGGGGUCCUUACCUGUGGAUGGGAAUUAGCAGUGAACAAAUGAAGGGAAACUGAGAUCAACACAAAAAAUCUAUAAGCAGUUUCAGUUUACAAUGAGGCAGUGCAUUUAGUGCCUUUUUAGUGAGCUUAACUUCAGUUGCACUGUUGAUCUGACUGAGAUGCAGUAUUGAAAUGGGAGUCAGGAGAACUUUUGACUAAGUUAGGUUGAGUGAACUUAAAAAAAGCUUUGAAAAAAGUUCAAAAUUUUAUGUUGCCUGCUGUACUGGGAUCUUGGUUAGAUAAAAACGGGGACCCUGAAGUGGUUUGAGAGCCACUGCUAUAGAGAAACCAUUAGGGGAUCUUCAGUGACAGAGGUCUUCAACUCUGGACUUUGAAUCCAGUUUCUUCUCCUGGAUUUUGCUGUCCCUGGUAUAAACAACACAUUAACAGUCUGGUUAACUACCGGCUAUUACACAAAACAGGAACUGGACUUCUGAUCAGACCUCUGAUCUAUGGCAUUUAAAAGCAUAGUUAAAAAAAAUGAACAAACAAACAAAAAAAGUGGGCCUCAGGGAAAAAAUAAAAGAGAGGAAAAAUGUAGGAUAUGGGCUCUUUACGUUCAUCCACAUCGUUUCUCUUACAGACUCUGGAAAGUUUUGAUUGAACUUAUUUACUUAGAAAUGACAGGUUUCUAUUUAGUACUGCAUUAUUAAUUGCUUGCUAAUAGUUAAUUAAUCAUAAGAAGCAGACUUCAAAAUAAACUGUUAGCAGAAUUUUCUUAAGGCUGUUUUUUUAUUUUCAGUUUUAAUUUAUUUUUGUGGUAAGUGGCGAUGGUUUAAGGUAUUUGUUUGGUUUAAUGUAUUUAUUUUGCUUUUAUUUUAUUUUAAUUGUGGUGAGUGUAUAGUUUGUUUUCCACUACUAUUUGCAAUUGUGUGACUGUGUUUUCAUGCAGAUGUAAGUGGAUUAAUGCUGGCAUGUUGUUUGUUGAAUGCAUCAUAUAUUUUUCCUGUUUGUGACCAGUUGCUAUUUUCAUGGCCUGAAAUGAUAGCACUUGAGCUGUUUUCAGUUUUGGUCCUACUACCUCCUCAGAUUAGGGGCAUAGCCAUAACUUUUGCAAAGGCAUGGUCAGGUUAGACCCACUGUCAAUCAAACAAAACAGCAUAACAGGAAUAACAACAUUCUUCGGUGUGUAUAUUUAGCUCACAUUAUUAAAGCAAUGAAAAAAGGAUGCAUUAAAUUCUCUACAUAAUAGAAUCUGCACGUAGAAAGUACUUAAAAAAUGUAUCACAUUAACAGCAAUACAUUAACAGUAAUAAAAGGAAUGCUGUGUUGAUGUUUUGUAUUUUAUCAGUGUGGAGAUGAUGUACAAAUUUGAAUCAAGUAAAUUCUAUGCAGCAGUUUUUUAAUAAGCAAAUUUAAAUCUU